AUGGAAGCUGAACAAAUUCUUGCGCUCAUGGAUUCUUGGUGGUUUGAACGUCGAAUAAUAUUUCGAAAUAAAGAUGAAUUCCCGUCUCCUGCAGCCGAAUCGACGCACCAGAAAACGGCUUCUCGACGGCAGCAUCUUGGAAUCCGAUCAUACAGCGAUCGUUGUUGCAUAGGUGUCGGUUUCGAAGCAGAUUCUCCGACAUCAGUGAUCAUCAAACCAAAGCUGCAGAAGAUUCCCUCAGGGAGAGAGAUUAAGAGAGAGAGAGGGAUGAAUAUCAGCAGAAGCUUAUCAGCUCUGGAAUUCGAGGAGCUCAAAGGGUUCAUGGAUCUAGGAUUCGUGUUCAACGAAGAAGAGGAAAAGAAUUGGGAGCUCGUGUCCAUUGUUCCAGGCCUGCAAAAAUGGAGGAGAGCCGACCAAGUUGAGAAGAAAGCUAGGGUUUCUAGACCUUAUCUUUCUGAAGCAUGGGGUGAUAUGUGUAGGAGAGGAGGAGAUGCCAAAAAUUUCAUGAAUUGGAAGAUUCCGAUUCCAUCUCUCAAGAAUGAUAUUCACAUGAAAGACCAUCUCAAGAAUUGGGCUCAUGUUGUUGCAUCAACUGUUAGGUGA